GCUGAUGAAGGCUUUCGCGUUCGUGUCGCUAUUGUUCGUCCGGGCGGUCUUGGCUGUCCCUGCCACCGACCUCCAGACUGCUCUGGGCGAGUUUGACCUGUCCGAUGGCGUCUUUGGCGGCAUCGCGAAGGGUAUCGAACAUACUGCGGAGAACAUCUUCAACAAGGGCAAAACGCGGGUCGAGAAAUGGGUUGAGGAUGGCAAGGAGUUUGUUAAGCAGAACGGGCUUGUCUAUGAGCUCGUGACGAGCCCCGCUUUCGUCGACUACCAGCUUCGAGUGACUGACCCAGGGCUGUGCGACCCUUCUGUCAAACAGCACUCUGGAUAUCUCGAUAUUUCGAGCAGCGGCAAGCAUUUGUUCUUCUGGUUCUUCGAGUCAAAGAAAGCGCCAGAGAGUGCUCCACUGACUCUUUGGCUCAAUGGUGGCCCGGGGUGCAGCUCAUCGACUGGUCUGCUUUUCGAGCUGGGUCCUUGCCGCAUCGCCGAUGAAGGGAAGAAUACUACGCUUAACAAGCACAGCUGGAACUUGCACUCCAACAUGAUCUUCCUCGACCAGCCCAUUGGUGUCGGAUAUUCCUACUCAGAUGACGGCUCUACUGUCAACACAAGUCCGGUCGCAGCUGAAGAUGUCUACGCUUUCAUCCAGCUCUUCUUCCGGCACUACCCUGAAUACGCCAGCACAGCAUUCCACGUCGCGACAGAGAGCUACGGUGGCACGUAUGCUCCCAACAUCGCAUCCGUCAUCCACAAGCAGAACAAGGAGGUCGCCCUUCGUCCCGUUCCGGAUGUUAAGCAUGUCAACCUCGCCAGUGUCAUCAUCGGCAACGGGGUUACCGAUCCCUACACCCAGAUGGGCAGUGUGCCCGAAUACGCCUGCAAUGGUCCAUAUCCUGUCUAUGACGACCCUGAGGGCCCGCAGUGCCAAGCGCUGAGGAGCAAGGUCCCUACAUGCCAACGCCUGAUCAAGUCUUGCUACAACUAUAACUCCCGUUGGACGUGCGUACCGGCGCAGGCGUACUGCUACAGCCAGCUCUUCGGUCCUCUGCAGCAGCUUGGUCUCAACCUCUACGACGUCCGCAGGAAGUGCGACCGCUCGAAGGACGGCGAUCUCUGCUACAAGCAGAUGGACUGGAUAGAGACCUGGAUGAACAACCCUAAGAACAAGAGGGCUCUUGGCGCUAACCCAGACCUGGACUUCCAAUCCUGCAAUAUGGAGGUAAACCAGGCCUUCUUCGGCCAAGGUGACGGCAUGCACAACAGCGCCGUGCUCCUAUCCCCACUCAUUGAGGACGGUGUCCGGCUGCUCGUGUACGCUGGUAACGCGGAUAUGGUGUGCAACUUCAUGGGCAACGAGGCGUGGGUUGAGGAGUUCGGGAACAAGUUUCACGACGAGUUCGCGAAGAGCGUGGAGAAGCCUUGGUUCACGCUUGAGUCUGGCCGUCAGGCGGGCGUCGUGCGCAGUGCGGGCGGCGACGGCUUCACUGCCGGCAAUGUCACGUUCGUGCAGGUCCACGAGGCGGGCCAUAUGGUGCCGUACGACCAGCCCGAGGCUGCCUUGGACCUCUACAUGCGCUGGAUCACCGACGUGCCUCUUGCUCUUAACCUCACCGAGCUCGCCGGGUCUGCGCCUUUUGGCGGCUGGUAAACCGGCGUAUGCUCCGAAGUAUCUUCGGUAGAGUUGCCAUGGGCGUCCUCUUCUGCGUCGCGCCGCUUUCCAUUGUUGCAUUUAACACCUUUUGUGCAAUACCUUCUUACGGAUCUGUAAUGUUAGAGUUGCUCUUCUCC